AAUAGACGAAGGAGCGAAAACUGUAGCCGAUCGAACAGUCCGUUCCUUAACCCGGCCACCGACGGGCUGGACGGGCCAACGUGCGGUCGGAGUAGCGGUAGCAGCGGUAGCAGCAGUAACCACCAGCAUCAUCUGCACCAUCACCUCCACAACAACAACAACAACAACAACCACAUCAAGCCAUCGAACCUGCUGCUGCGGAGCGCCCAGGACAAGAUGUCGCCCCUGUCGAUGGCCUCCGGGCCGGGAUCGUCGAGUGCGACGACUUCGGCGGCGGCGGCCGCGGCCGCCGUGGCAGCAGCGGCUCAGGUGCACCUGAACGGAACUA